AUGGACAAAUGUCGUGAACAUUUCCGGGCAGGCCAACUGCAGACCUACGCAUCCGUAGGUUGCGGGUUGCUGGGCCAAGAUUGGAUAAUAUUGGAGCAAAUGCGUCGCCAAAACAUGCUCCCACGUCGUGCAGUUUUUGUUGAGUUGCGAACAGCGAAGCCCGUUAUGACAUGCGAAGGCGCAGAGUUUCCGAGGAUGAGAGAAGGUGGUGGCAUCAAUUUGCGCCAGACCGGGUUUUGCGGAGACUUAGGUCCGGAUUUUUCUUUCAGCGCGGUGGUGCAGUUCAACAGGCCUGCUAGCAACUCCAGCAGUUUCCUCUUCGACUUCUCGGAUGAUGCUCGACGAGAUGUUAUCUAUGCGGAAAUUGGCGGUGCUGACAAGACUGGCCAUUUGACCUUUGGAUGCGUCAUUGGCGACCAGUCGCAUCGUCUUCCUGUCGACGAUUGCUGGCAGCCAGGAGAUCAGGCUCAUACCUUCCUGUUCACGAUCAGUGCCGUCGGGAUGUACAACAUCUACAAGGACGGACAGCUGAUCGCAAGAUCAUAUGGGCUGCCACCAGCGUCCGCCCCGAAACGUCACUUGUACGUGGGUCAAGGUGCUCCGAGCCAUGGAAUGCAUCAUAGUUUUCAUGGCCGCAUCCAGAAGAUCAAGGUGUGGGAUCAAGAAGUUGACACGCUGGCAACUGAUAUGAUGUACAGUCAUGAAGUAGCCACUGCUCAUCAGACCAUCGCUCAGUGGUAUAUGGACGAGAUGGCCGUGUGGUCCUUCAGCAGCUUGGCGGCCUAUGCAGCCGCAUGUGACAAGGACCCUCGAUUUGCGGCCGAUCUACUUCUCAAAGUAGAUGUCCAUGAUGAGUUAGACGGUUACGAUGAUUUCGUUUGCAAGGCCUUGGGGCCAAAUGGUUUGGCACUAACGCCUGAAUCUGAGGACGUCUCGUGCUGUCUCUGA